AUGAAACGCUACUUGAGCUCGUCGACGAGGCUAGCCAAAUCUGACCCUGGAAACCAUCAGCGAGACCUUAUCUUAUCCGUACUCAACGCCAGGCCGUCUGCCAGGGACUCCAAAUCCUACUUGGCAUCUUUCAGAAAACCACAAAAGCCUGCAUUCGACGUAAAUCACAGCCUUCCUCUCAAGACCUCCGACAUUGAUCCCACCACGCCUUUAUCUACCACGACCACUGCGCCCGAUGACGAGAUACUCGACCCUAUAAACCCUCGAGCAGGGCUCGUAAAGCUCCAGGGUCCUUUCACCGAUCGCCAGCUCGACUCUAUAGGCGUCGGGAUGAACAACCUUCGCGAAAUGGGUCUUGUCAGCGUCGUCGUUGUCGAUUCCGAGCUGUGGUCCGUCGAGCGACUGAAGCGAGCCAAGAACAACGGCAGCCACGCCGUCUCACAGCUCAUACACUCAAUUCGCGACGAGGUUAUUAGAGUUACAGAGACAUUAAUCGAAGAGGGCAGCGAAGCGAUACCUAUCCUACACCCAAUAGCGCAUCUCGAUAAACGCUCCAAGUGUCUCCCUCAAUGGGCUACAUCACAGCAACAUAGAAGAGCCAGACAUGCACCUGAGACAUGCCAUAUCAACCUCGCAGACCUGGCCCAAAUCCGCAAAGCUAUCAAGAAACGCAUAACACCUGUAAUACCGUCGUUUGCAUUUAACGACGACCUCAGGACAAUACCUGUGCAUGCUGACGAGAUACUGGUCGCACUGUCAGAAUCGCUCGAGGCUGCACAAUCUCAAAAGGCAGACGAGCUCAAAAAGCUGACAAUGGAUAUCACACCACUGCGUCUACUGAUUAUAACAAGAACCGGAGGUAUUCCUUCACCCGCACGAUCAGGUCUGCCGCAUUUAUCCAUAAACUUGUCAAGCGAGCAUGAGCAUAUCGCUUCAACUUUCGUUUGGGAGUCUUCACACCCAUCCGCACUAACAAACCUCUCGCUGGCAAGACGGUGUCUGAUGCACAUGCCACAGUCAUCUACUGCUCUAAUUGUCGGACACAGAUCCGCAAUGGACCUCGUAGCCAAUCUGAUAACUAACAAACCCGCUCACUCUGCCUCCUUGCCACACGAGCUUCUCGUUACUUCCGAUAAGAUCACAUCACACACUCCUACAUCGGUCAGAUUAGGUGCGCCCAUACAAUGUAUUCGCAAUUUCGAAGACAUCGACCAAGACAAACUAACCCACCUCCUCGAAUCGUCAUUCAGGCGAGUUUUAGACAGAGAUGCGUUCUUUACUCGUCUUAGGCACUCGCUAGAUUUUGUCAUUGUUGCUGGUGAUUAUGGCGGCUGCGCCAUUGUGACGAAUGAGGUGGAUCGCGAUGUCGAUGGCAAUGGCAAUGGCAAUGGCGAACGUGAUGACUCAAACUCUAUCGCAUACCUGGACAAAUUUGCUGUACUCCCAUCUAUGCAAGGAGACGGUACUGUCGAUUUCCUCUGGCUGGCCUUGCGCGAUGAAAGCUUCGGACUUGGAUUGCUCGAUGCUCUCAACACCAACGGCGGCCUCGAAGGUAAAGGUGUAGGCAAGGACUUGGUUUGGAGAUCACGUGGCAACAACCCGAUAAAUAAGUGGUACUUCGAGAGAGCCACCGGAUUUCUGCGGGUCGAGGGCAAGACUGAAGCGGCCAAGAAGGCAGGUGGAUGGGUCAUGUUCUGGGCGGAUGCAGAGGAUAAACUGGCACGUAAAUUGAAAGGUCGCCACGCAACACCUCUCGCACCAACAGGAAUCCCACUACCGGGAAGUGAAGGUCUCAGUAACCCAGACCUUGGCUUGUCACUUAUUGAAGACGAGGAGCAAGGACGGCUGCUCAUCUAUGAAAAAGUUGCAUCCAACAUACCCUCUAGUUGGAAGUGA